AAUCAGUUUUCAGUUGUCACUUUUUAUUAUCCUUUUUGUGAGGAGAACAUGGAUAUUUUCAGUCCCAUAGUAUAUUACUUAUAAUGGCUUCAUCUGUGCAAAACAAUAGAGUUACGUCUCCUGGAUACUGUGUGUGUUGUAGAACGUGCAAUAUGUGGUGUUGGAGAGCUUUCAAAUGGCUCCCUGUAAUGUUAAUAGUGUCCAUUAUAACUUGGUCUUAUUAUGCCUACGUUAUCCAAUUGUGCAUUUUUACCAUUGAGAGUACGGUCCAAAAGUGUAUCUAUUUGGUAUUAUAUCAUAUACUUCUGAUAAUGUUCUCCUGGUCUUAUUGGCAGACUAUAUUUGCAGAACUCAAACCAAUACCAGAAAAGUUUAAAUUGCCUGAGGCUGAAUUAGAAAAAUUAUUGAGCGCAGAAUCUGAGGACGCUCAGCGGACUAUAUUGGAUAAUUUUGCCAAAGACCUACCCAUAGUAACUAGGACAAUGUCGGGGUCAGUUCGGUAUUGCAACCGCUGCGUGCUAGUGAAGCCUGACCGUGCUCACCACUGCAGCAUAUGCGCUCGAUGCGUGCUCAAAAUGGACCACCAUUGUCCGUGGGUCAACAACUGUGUCUGCUUCUACAACUACAAGUUUUUCAUGCUCUUUCUCGGCUAUGCUCUGUUAUACUGUCUGUUCAUCAUGGCCACGUGUCUACCUUCCUUCAUUAGAUUCUGGAAGGGUGAUUUCGGCAAUGCAGCGACGACGGGAAGAUAUCACGUUGUGUUCGCAUUCUUCGUAGCGUUAAUGUUCGCUAUAUCUUUGGGCUCGCUUUUCGGAUACCACUGUUACCUUGUAAUGAAUAACAGGACUACUUUAGAGGCGUUUAGAGCGCCUAUGUUCCGUGGAGGCGCUGACAAGAACGGCUUCUCAAUCGGCGCCUUCAACAAUUUCAAAGAAGUGUUCGGCAACAGCCCCAAUCUCUGGCUGGUACCUGUCUUCACAAGUUUCGGCGACGGCAUCGUGUAUCCUACGCCGAGCCAGGAGGAAGAGUCGGAGUCACUUCUCAGCUCCGAGCGGUGGGAGCGCUGGGGGGAGCGAGCGAGGCCCUUCGACGAGCGAGAGAGCUCCUCCUUCGACGAGCUAUGAGUGUAAGCCGUUGUAGCGACCGCGGCAUGCAGGCUUGGUACAGGAAUAGGCUAGAUGAUCUACUGAGGAUUUCUAUAACUUAUCUUUCCUGUUUUGUGAUUAGAGAUUGAAAUUUGAGCUAAUGUCAAAAUUCAAUCUCUAAUAGCAAUUUAACGGAUUCAUAGGUUGUAUUAGUCUAUUAUUAGACUUGUAACACUUGAUGCGAUGUUGACACUGCAAAAUUAAAUAGAAGGAAUCUCAAUAACUGGUGGUAAAUACAUAGUGUUGCCAAGCUAUGUACUAUUGGGAUGAGAACAAAAAAAAAUCUGGCAACACUAAAUAUUUAUAGUUCACCCUGAUGUGUUGGUGCUUUAAAAUCACUUUACCUAAGCAAGAGCAUCAAGAUUUAUAAGUCUAUUCAACUCUAGGGCCGCGUUCAGCUUUAAUAGAUUUGGGCAUGAUAUAAACUGGAAUAGUUUGAAGUUGACGCUGAAUGAGAAAUAGUAUUUUUGUUAGGUUAAGCUUUUGACUUUUAAAUAUCUCUGGUUUGUAUGGGAAGUGUGUUUACAUUGAAUUUAAUAUCUUUAAAUAAUAUUUCUGCUAGUUAGUUGCUCAAAUGCGUUAGAUACUUAUUAUAUUACAUGUUGUGUAUGAUAAUAUCUGCAAUACUUUGAAGAUAUACCCUGCAGUAUGUUUUGUUAGUACAAAAGCAGCCAUAUUUAAUUUAUCCGCCAUAUUUAAAAUAGAAUAAUAAUAAAUACUGAUUGUUAUAAAGCCAAGUCUGCACUGUUCGGUCGUCACAACAGCCCGAAGGUAUGAAUUAGAGGUAAUGUGAGGGAAAUGGUGCUGAACUGUAGAAUGAUAAAGAACGGAUAAUAUGUAUUUGUACCUACAUUUGGUAGUGAGCUUUGCCUUACCAAAAUAGUGACUAUGCAAAGUUACAUUAAUCGAAAAAUAUCAUCUAAAUGUUUAUUAUUAUAUUAUAUAGUGUUAUAAAUAGUUGAUAUUUUUAGUUUUUCUUAAUAAUAUUUAUGACUGCCAUGUUUGUUUGACAUGUCAGAGGUGGGCAACAUUUUGGUAUUUUUAUGUAUAUUAUCCGAACCUAUUUUAAGGUAAUUUCUCUAUUAAAAAUAUUCGUUGAUUUCUUAUUCUCCUUUAAUAUGGAUCUCCUACCAAAUGAGAUUUUUGGGUAUUUAGUUGUCUCAAUUAAGUAUAGAGCAGAGUACGAUACCUACUCAGAAUGAAUGCCCACAUAUACAAACAUUGAGGCUUUAUUUUUAAAAUCUAGGGAAUGCAUAUCUCUGUUUACCAAAUGUUGUCCAUCUCUUAGUACGUUUAGAAUAGAUAUAAUUUAAUAAUGAUUUAAAAAAAUAUCUUCCUAUUCGCUUAAACCACUUCAUACAUAUUUUCCAUUUUUAUAUUCUAAAAUUUAAGGGUACAUGGCACGUUACGGUACUUAUUUAAUGCUGUGUAUAAAGUGCUUAUGUAUGAGACUGUGUAGGGAGAUUGUCAAGAUGUCUAUAGUAUUUUUCUCUUUAACGAAAAUUUAAAGUUAAAUGUCCUCCUCCGAUUCAUAUGGUCCCUCCGACAACCACUCCAUUUGUUUGCUUAAUGGGGAUUUUUUUUAAAAGUGAUUUAAAUCAAGCAUAUUAAAUUCAAAGAUCUUUUAAAUUCGAAGACAUGCUAAAACUUAAUUUCUUUCGUACUUUUCCUCAUCCAAAUAUCUAAGUAAUCUUUAUAGCCAAAGGGCCCUUCCCUGUGUGCAUCUCGAGCUUCUUUCGUUUACUUCGUGUGAUACAUUUUCUUGGGUUUCCAUGGUUAAAAUUCAAUAAAAUCAAGGAUCUGUUCAUACUGCUACUGAUCAUAAAGUACAUUAUUUUCUAUAUAAAUUAUUUAGGAGCUUAUAUAUUUGGGAUUGAAGAAGUUGGUGCCCAUUAAAAUAAUCUGAAGCAGGUCUAUAAUUAAAAUCUUUGUGUGCCGCUAAUCUUAGGAAGCUUUUUUUUAACCUGUGACAUUCAUUUAAAUAUAAAAUAGUUAACUUAUAAGGCGACUUUAGCUGUGUGGAUCCAUGUAAGAUAAUUUUUGUACCUCUUGAGCUACUUAAGAAUGGAGUAAAAUUAAUUUAAAAUAAAUGUAUUUUCUUAAUUAUUUCUAUUAAUCAACUAGGUAUAUUGUAUUUGCAACAGUAUUACUUAAAUUGCAUUCCUUAAUACUUACUCUUAAUUUAGAGCAUAUUAUUUUUAUUUAAUGUAUUUGGGAGUUAUUUUAGUUUUUGUCGUAGAAAGUACUUUUUGUUUGUAGCUUAUUUGAAAUAUGACGGGACAGUUUUGUAAAACAAUUAUUAUCUAAAUAUCCGCUGAUAUAAAAUAUAUGUGUGGUAUAUUAUAUAGACCUAUAAUGUGUUUUUCCGAUAAAUGUUCUAGGCAGAUACAAUAAUUGUGUGUAAUAUAAAACCGCUCGUGGACUAAUUUAGUCUAUGGUAUAAAAUAAAUAUAUAGUAUACAGUUUUGUUCAAUGCAAACUAUGCACAUAUUUUACAAUGACAGAUAGUUAAAUUUUUGAGUCAGGAAAAGAGGAUUUUUGUGUACUUACUAAAAUUUACCUUAUUUAGAUAAAAUGAACAUCCCGUUUUUUUCAGCUUGCAAAGCUAUCAUCAUUCAAGUAAUACUGACUCGUUAAAUCUAGAAAAAUACUCUUCUCUCAAUCGAUAUCAUUUACACCUUUAAUUCGUCAUUUUCAUUUCAUUCAAUCCCUGAAUUUUAGGAAUAUACCCAAUCCUUCAACGAAAUCCUAGUCAUAUAUUUUUUUACUUUUUUUAUGUUUUAUUUAUACUUACUAUGAGAAUUCCAGAGGCAUUUAUUAUAUAAUUAUAUUCCUACUCUAAUUAAGCGAAUUGCUAUCACAAAAUUAAUACUUAUUUUUAUAAAGGUUAGUUGAUGCCUAUACGGACUGUAAAUAAGUAGAAGAAUUUAAUGGAUUUAUUUAUAAGUGUCUAUGAGGACACGAUGUGCAAUGAUUUUGUAAUUUAAGUACAAUGGUGAUGUGUAAAAUAAAGAGAACAAAACUUA